GCUAUUGUGGGCGGAUCUGACUUCUCAGUUGGCACCAUUUUUUUUUUUGAGCAGAGAAAGGUGGAAAGAUAUUUUAAUCUCCCUCUGACUGACAGCCACAAACACGCCACGAGAAAACAAGACGCACCUGCACCACUAUGGACCUGAGCCUGCGAGAUGCUCUGGGUGGGGGUGGAGGUGGUGUCCCAGGUGGAGCCCCUGCAGAGGCUCUGAUGAAGAGAGACUUUAUGAGCGCGCUGGAGAAAGAGAGCUAUGACGACAAGGUGGGAGAGACGAUGACCAAAAGUGACUACCGACCUUUACUGGAUGGAAAGGACGGCAAGAGUGGACUCGGGAUGACUUCAUCGGUGAUGUUACCAGGUGGGCGCCAAGACCCACCUGGACAGCCAGCAUUCGCUUCCGACUACCUGUCUGGUCCUAUGACUGGCGGGACGAGUGACCGGUGGAACCAGAACAAGACAAGGGACACCAGCACGCCCGACUCAUUUCUAGGAUUCUCUCAGUCCGGAAUGAGCGGCAAUGCGGGUUCCAGCUUGCCGCCGUUCCAGACAAACGUGCACUCCACCCUCGGCCAGGUGGGGAUGGCAAAGGCCGCGGACGCGCAGAAAACCAUCGGGCUCCUGGCUUCGGAGCCGCAAAACGUCAGUCUCCCCUGUGGCAUCAAUCCCUUCAAACCAAAUGAGCCAUUUUCUUCCGGCGGACCGGGAAUCCAUUCUUUGGAUCGCAGUGCAGCUCCCCCCCUUUCUUCUCCCAGCGGCUCGGUGGAAGACAGCAGCCCCACUUCCUCCACUUCUGAACCCCUCAGUCCUGAGCGAUCAGGGUGUGACGCCGGCAAGCAACAGCAGAGGCGGAAGAAGAAGAAGAGGAAGGGACGCGACGAGGCAUACGGCUUCUUGGAUAGUCAGGAGAAAAACGGCCAUUCCGAGAAACGGGACCAGGGUGGACGGGAGGCGGAGGAGGAUGACGAGGAGGCAGACGCCCUGGAGUGGGAAGUCCGAGAGAGCGGAGCGGGCGGGAGAGUGAAAGGCAAGAAGUCGAAAAGUCGGGCGAGACUUCCAGAGGAGUGGGGAGCGCCCCAGCAACCGGCGUCGCCCAUACCAGCCGCCGUUGCUCCGACCUGGACUCCGGCGACGGACUUUGGCGCUUUGGACCGCAAAGCUGGAAAAUCCGACCCCGGUCAAGGUUCCUCUGCACCGAUGCAAAUAGCGACAGGUUUGACCAAUCGCUCCCGUGAUGGACUCGCAGCAGAUUCGUCUCUCGGCUCCUUUGAGACCGGGAGUGUCCAAGAUUACCCGAUGUCCACCGGCGACCGGCGAAACGUGACCGGCGUUAGCGCCCCCGCCAACGCGAGCGACAAGAGUAGUGCGGUCGGGGAUUUUGCGUUGACGGCGGGUGGCGAUCUGAGCCCGGUCUCCCAGACGUUCUCUUUUCUCGAUGCGGUCCUCCAGACACCGCCGGGUUCUACCCCCGACUCACAGCACGCCACCCCGAUCACCAACACGCCUCUCCUCGCCACGGCUGCCUCGUCCGUCUCAACGGAUGUCCCUGUCCCUUCUUCAGGACCCCCCUCUGGCCUCGACCCCUACGCGUCGGAUGCCCCUCCAACCUUUGCCGUGUCGCCAAAGCCCCGCCCUUCCGCCGUCGCCCAAACCCCAUAUUCGAAAGCCGCCCUCGAAUCGGUCCUCACCGUUGACGCUCGCCCUUUCGUUCCCUCAGCCUCACGCAUCGCCCCCGCGGCCGGCAUCGCCGGCACUGCGGUCGAUCCUCCUUCCGCUCUCGGCGAAUCGGUGGUGAAGCCAGCUUCGCCAAAAAGUCCCGCCAAAGCCGAAGCCACCCCCGCCGCGUUCACCCCACCUGCGGUCGCUCCCUCCCUCCUUACACACCCCAAGCAGCAGGAGUCCGCAUCGCCACUUCUCUCCCCGCUGGAAGCACCAGUGAAAGUGGACAAGGACAAGACGGAAAAGAUGGACGCCUUUGGCAAGAAGGAGACGGCGGAGAAGCAGAACAAAGACAACGGCCCUGACAAGAACCCGAAGCCCGAGAAGAUUCUCAAAGAUGAAAACGGGACCAAGGCUGAGAAAAACGACAAAGUGAGCGAGAAGGCAGAAAAGACGGACAAGCCGGAGAAGAACAACAAGGAAGAGGAAAAGAAGCUGAGUGAAAAGAAGGACGAGAAAGGGGGCAAAGGGCCGGCCAAGUCUCCAACGGGCAAUGCCGCCAAGACCCUGCCAAGCCCCGACACCAAGAGCAAGACUGAGGCGGUUUGGACCAAAACGAACGCCCCCAAAUCUCGCCCUUCCACCCUCCCUACCAAUGGCGAGGCCGCCUCAGCCAAGCGCCCCUCCCCAACCGCGACCCCGGCUAACAGAAAAAGCCCUCUCCCAAAGGCGGCAACGCCCACUGCUGCGAAGAGGCCUCCGAUGGCCGCCGCAUCUGCAAAAACUCCAGAAAAUGGAGCAGCUGUGCAAAAGGCUUCUCCCACCCCCCGAUCGGUUGUCAAUAAGGACAACUCCUCUGCUUCUACCGGGACCAAAACUGCUGCGAACAAGAAUGACAAGGCCGAGAGCAAGUCAGCGGAGGCCAAGAAAAACAAACCGACAGCCCGUCCGCGACCACCCUCCAGCACCUCUCCGACGACGCCGGCUAACGGCGAAGCCGCUCCCACCCAACGUCGCCGGGGCAUCACCCAGCCAAACUUGUCUCCCCAGGUUUCUGCCGUACAGAACAACAAGACAGCAGACCCAUCCAAUCCUUCCAAGGCCAGAGUUCAGAUAGUGCACAAAAAGCUGGACUUCAGCCAUGUCACGUCUCGCUGCGGCUCCAAGGACAAUAUCAAACAUGUCCCUGGAGGUGGCAAUGUGCAGAUCCUGAAUAAGAAGGUGGAUGUGAGCAAGGUUACGUCCAAGUGUGGCUCCAAGGACAACAUCAAGCACAAGCCAGGUGGCGGGGAUGUCAAGAUUGAGUCUCAUAAGCUGAACAUCAAGGCAAAGUCCAAGAUUGGCUCAUUGGACAACGUGGGGCAAGGCAACGGACAGACCAAUGGACACAAGGAGGAGAGAGCGGAGGAAAAGACGCCCUCACCCCCAAACAGCACUCCGAGCGCAGGACCGGCAGCUGUUGCCAAGGCAACAACAGCACCAGGAGGCGUUGCAAAGGAAAAUGGGGUGAAGGAGCCCACGCCUCCUCCUUUCGGAGGAGACGGGUUGAGGGACGCCCUUAGUAUUGACCGACGCAUUGCUGAAAAAAAUUGAGUUUUCGGUGGGGCACGCGUCGCGCUCGCCAGCCGACCCGAGCGACCUCCCACGGUGGCUUUCCUUUGGCCCCGCCCUCCAUCUCGCCUCCUGCAGCACCAAACCGAACGUCCGCCUCUUCGUGUUUCUCUGGGCUCCACCGCCUGCCAGUACCGCGACCCUGACCUCUGAUGCCAACGGGUUGACCUUUUGGCUCUCCCCACCAUAGAGAAGAGCACUCGUUGUUUUGUCUGUGAAACCCGCGACUCAUAGUACUGCUCAUGAGCACCGGCGUAGAGGACGUAAAUGCCAACCUCAAAUCCCAUCACUGUACACCCCAAGGCUUCGUAGUCAGAUUUUCAGUUGGACAGUUUCAUGUUUUCUUUUUUUUUUCUCCCCCCAUCAAGUAACUUCAUCUCUCCACACAUCCCCCCCCCAACCAGUAGCAAAUGACUUUCUGGUCACCUCCAUUCAGAAUCCAUCCCCACGCCUUCCGAGCCAGCUUGAAGCGUCCUUCCAAAGUCAGCCGGAUAGCAAAUAAGCCGCCAUCUGCUUUAAAUGGACACAGCUCUCCUUUUAGCCAACAAGUCAUGAUUUUGUAAAUCUGCCCCUGCGUGUCAUUGUCGGUCCCCAGCGCUCGCUUAGCAUUGUCUCUUUUGAAUCCCUUGUAUCUGCAAUUCCACAUUGGUAUCGGUGUCACGUGAGCAGAGACGGUGAAUGACAGUUUAUGAUGAGGAACAGGUUUGGGAAGUAGUCGUGCUGACUACUGACUGUGGGCUGCUUUGUUUGUGUUGGGCGAACGCGUCAGUCAGCGGGACGGGACGAAAUUGUUGGAUCGUGUCGAGUAUAUUCUUGCAGUCUCUUGACAAAAGUCUCUGCAACAACUUUCUGGGCACACGGAUUUAGCACAAGACCCGUGCGUCAUGGCUGGCAUGUUUAGUUUAGUUCAGGUUCAUAUGUUUGGAGGGGUGGGGGGGAUCACAAUCUGGUGGACCAGAUAAAGCUAUUAAGGGCAAAGCUGAUUUGUCACAUCUUAAUUGUUUAGGUCGGCAUUAGUGAUGUUUCUUUUAUCAAUCUCUUCGGGUCGCCGCACCGAAACCAAGCGGACUGUCGUCUGCAAUUAGUUUUAACGAGUGGCCACCUCGUCGGCCACUGGUUUUGGUGCCAUUCCAAAACAGAAUCCACCACCGAGGGGCGUUCCCAAACACCGAGAGUCUGGCUCCCAACACCGAAGGCCGUCCGAGGGAGCUGAGCUGCGUCCCGUGCUAUUUCUAGUCUACUCUUCAAAUCACACUCAUUCUGUGCACCACCUCUUUUGAAACCUCAAAUGUCUUUUAGGGGUGCCCGUUCGUUUCUUGAGGCUCUAAACUUGGUUUAGCGGUCUUGAUCGCGAAAUGUAUGCUGAUCCAAGUAACAAAGAAAACGAGAAGAGAAAGGCACCACAUCUUGAUAUUGUACGGUAGCUUCCAAAUCAGAUCCCAUGAGAUACACGCAUCGAACCGAGUGAAAUAGAUGGAUUACCCCUGAAGCCGUUCCACUGUAAUUCGCAAACUGAGCACAAGGAUGACUGCACUUUGAUAGAAAUAGGAAGGUGUUCGUGUGUAUGACUAUAGGAACUCGUAAUAGGAGGAAAGACGGCCCAACCUUUUCUCUGCCACGGGCCAGUUGAGACGAGCGUGUGCCGUUCGUGGAGCGCCAACCACCCCCCCCAUUGCUUUUUAAUUGACAACAAAGAUAAUUCUAGAGUAUUUAGACAUUUUACUUACAUUUUUUUAAACACUUCAGUGUUUUUCUACUGCACAACAAAUAUAGAACAACAUUAAAUAACACGGUGAACUACGAAGAAACGGACCAAUCAGGAAUAACAAAGACGCUUUAUAAUGUCAAUAGAACAUUGAAGAUUCGCGCAAAGCCGUUUAGGGUGAAAAAGGCUUGCGACCGGACCGGUUGAAAAGUGGGAGGCUGACAGGUCUGCAGUUUGCGGUGACAAAGUUGUUGGCUCGCCCCAGAAACUGGCAAGCUGCAACCAAAUUUGACACGCUAUAUGCCGACCCAGUAGCAAAGACCGACUGUAGCGCUGACAUUUGAAGGAAUGAUACGACAAAGAGGAUCAUAUGACAGUCACAGUCGGAUUGUACUUGCGGAAUCAAAAGGAAUUCAUAUGUGUGGAGGACCUAGCUCGUGUCGCAGCUCUCCGACUUGGCACUCGAGGUCAUAAGAAGUAGCUAAUGCCCACGCGUAUGUGUUUGUGUCCAAUUAUAUCACCGGACUUCCACCUUUCCCACUAAGAUGUCACUACCCCCUGCGCGUAGAUAGCAGCGCCUUUUUACCACUCCUGAAUUGAUUAAAAAACAAGCGCGCGAGCACACACGAGAUCAGACUUCCGCACGGGGUGUUGUGGAGGUUGACAGAGCCUGUUCCAACUUCGAAUGGUAUCAUUAUUGAAUGAAGGAAAACAUACUUUUUCUUUUUGCCCGAUUCGGGGACGCGGAUAUUUCAAGAAAGUUUAUAAAUGUCAUCAAAAUGGAAACUUAAGAAUUCAUGUAUGAGGUCUGUUCCCAUGAGGUUCUGGAAGAUGGAUGACAAAGUCAAAUUCAGUGAGCCAUUGAAAGGGCGCCAAGUAUGGCGUACACGCUUGGAUAUCAAGCGGGAAUGAAAGUCAACUUCGAUGUUCCCGAGAAAUCGGUUGAGCCGUCGACUUGUAUGCGGUACGGGUCGUUCGUUAGGACACACACUGGCCGGCCCUUUCUUCCUGUCAUCGCCUAUUCCCCAAAAUAGACGGAGUGCAAGUAACAUAUGUCAUUUUAAGGACCGCGAAAAUGCCGACACACCAAAACUCUUUUGGACCAAUUUGUACUGUUGAAAAAGAUCCCCCCACCACCACCACCACGAUUUGGUAUAUUUACCUGGAAUACAUUCUGAACUUAUGGGACGAUUUAAAAAUGAAAGGCAGCGUUGGAGAGACGCACGUGCAAAGCCUUGCCAGCAUUUCGGCGCUGAAAUGUAGAUCCUGAAUCCUCGUCACGUAAAAUAAAAGCUUAGGUUUGCCCGUGGGGAAAAUAUACCGCAUACCUGUU